GAACACAAGGCGGAGGAGGGGCAAGACGCCGUCGCGUCCGCCAUCAUGACCCAUCUCUUUGUGGAGGCCCGACGGCAGUGGGAUGCGGUGUCCUCGGCACCGCCGCCAUCAGCCUUGCCAUCGCCGCCUUUGCCGCCGCCUGUCAGCCCAGGUCAGUCGUCGGCCCACGUGCCUGACCGGCCGCCGAAGACCUUCUCGGCGUGGAACCAGCAAGUCAAGGCCUAUGAGGACCGCCUGCUCGACGGCAAGCGCCGCACAUUUCCGGUGCAGGAGCUACUGGGCGCCGAGGAGAUACUCGCCAGGAUGUGGUUCGAGCACACGGUCUCGAAGAUGUACACGCCGGUCACCUUGGGAGAGAUCGUGUCGCGCCGCACAUGGACGCCGGGAAGAGUUCUCAACCCGCUUGCGGCGAACAGAGCCUCGGCCGCCGCCAGCUCCAAGGCACUGCGCUUUGAUCACGGCGCGCUUGUGCAAGAGGAGCCGGCGGAAUGGUCUCCCAAGGGCCUCUUCUCGACGAUCGACGGGGCCAAUGCAGCCAGGUGGGCGUGGACCCUUCUAGGCAUCGGCGAGGAGGACGACGUGAUGAAGUACGCCGACUGGUUCGUGGCGAAGGCGCGGGCGCACUCGGAGAUGGUGCCGGCGAUCCAGGCCUUCUGGCACAAGACGGCGUGGACAUUGGCCAUGGCGCUGCGGAACAGCACGUCCUUCGGCGAGGCCACCAAGCACAUCAGGUGGCAGGAGGUCAUCCUGACGCAGGCCCCGCCGCCCCGCCGCCAGCCGCAGAUUGCCACAGCAGCGGCGCCCGCCGACACGACGGAGGAGAACGAGGACCAGGACCCGACGUGGUGGGGCAUGGGCGGAGGCCGCAAGCGCCGUCGCGGCGGCAAGGCACGCGGCAAAGGGCGCGGCGGCAAGGACAAACAGCAGCAGUCCGACAGGGGAGGCGACGGGAAGAACGCCGCAUACCAGGGAUGGUGGAGCCAGAAGGACGGCGGCAAGAAGGCGAACCAGGACUGGUGGGGCCAGCCCGCCGGCGGCGGCAAGCAGCAGCACUACGACGACCAGACCCGCCCUUGGAGGGCCCAGGUACCCGACCCACCGCCGCCGAAGAAGAUCAGGCUCUCCAGCCGGACGCCGAGGGGCGACGAAGUCAUUGUGCUGUCGGCGUUCGACGGGAUGGGGGCCGGCCCUUGGCUGGUAUGGGACCUCAUCGGCGAACCCAGGGCCACACUGGCCUGGGAGGUGGACCGCGCCGCCAUCCAGGUCGCCGACUACAACAUACCCGGGAUCCACCACCGCGGCGACAUCACGGAGGACUCCCCCAAGGAGACGGCGAAGAAGAUCGCCGAGCUCGACCCGGAGGCAGGGUGCAUUAUCAUCUUCCUCGCGGCGCCGCCAUGCCAGGACUUUUCCCGCGUGGGGGACCGAGAGGGUCACGCCGGUAACCGAGGAUACCUCUUCAACUUCACGGCGGACUUCAUCGACGAGCUGCGGCCUUUGCUUGCGCCUCGCCGCUUUGGGGUGUUGGUCGAGAAUGUCGAGAUGACGCCGGCCGACGCAGCAGCAGCGACCAAGCGAUUGGGCUUCGAGCCGGUGUUCGCCGACGCGGCGGACUUUGGCUGGAUUGGGCGCCCACGGCUGUGGUGGACGUCGAUCGACUGGGAGGAGGUGACCACCGACGUUCAGCAGCGGUGGCUUUUGGACAGCGGCCAGUUUGCGCCGUGGCACUACCAGAGGGAGGCCAUGCUCGCCGACGACCAGGGGAAGCUGGUC